GUGAACUCACCGUAGAGGAGGUGAGUGAUGUGGUAUGCCGAGAAUGUUCGCUUGAAUACGGAGAGUUGUGGCCGUUAUCGUCUUCCUCGCCGAUACAUUUGAGUGGAAACGACACUGCUCCUUUAGUGAAGCCCUCGUGAUUGGAUGAAGAGAGAACCACUGACUUCCAGUAUGGCCGCGCUACAUGCUGGAGUUUCCCACCAUCCUUAGUUCUCUGAUCUGCAGCUGAGUCUACUGAACCCUGAACCGUGACCAGCGCCGGUCUGUGACUGACCUCCUGACAGGUGAUCUGUCUUGUGCCACGAUGAUGUCAGUAGAUGUGACCAAUCGUAACGGCCCUGCUGCCACGCCUCCUUCUUCCCUCAGCCUCCGCUCGUCACACAACCAGCUGCUGAGCAGUGAUGUCAUCAACCAAGGCUCAGCCACGCCGCCCAAGUGUCGCAAAAAGUACGCUCUUACCAAUAUACAGACUGCCAUGGGCCUCGGAGAAGCGGUGCCAUCUUCCUCCUCCCCAUCAUCCCCAUCGCAGUCCUUAACCCCCAACAAUCCCAAACUUGCCAAGAAUGGAGUGAACCAGCUCCGUAAAGCCGGUCAGGAUCACAACAAAAACACAACCGGCCCUGACUCAGAUCCAGAGUCUGAAACUACAGAGGAUGACCUCAAUGUCAACACAGCUGAGGAAGAUGACAGCCACGCUCUCACCAACAAUGACAGGGAGGAAGAGGUCAUCGAGAGAGACGUUGAACUUCACUCGGACGACAGCAGUGACGCAGACCCCGAGCAGAAAACUGAAUCAGACACUGACUGUAACACCAACACGAGCGCAGAGCUCAAACUGAACGGCAACUCCACAGAUUUGGACUUUGACUUGAACAUUGAGACAGAGGAGAGCGACGACAUCAGCAUUCUGUCUGAAAAGGAAAUGAUGUCGAAGAUGAAGAUCGAGGAAGACGGAGAUGAGGCGGUAGAGGAGGAUCAGGACAACGAGGAGAAUAAACCUUUACUGAUGAUAAAAAGUGAAUCCCCUGUGAUGAAAAACAACGUCUCUUCAGGCCUGGAGCUCAUCUCUGACCUCCACUCCAACCUCAAGCUCCUCAAAUCAGGCCAGGACGCUCCGGUGCCCCCCCCUCCCUCCCCACCGAAGCAGGCCAGCCCAGAGGACAAACCCCUGCUUUCUGUGGCCUACUGCUCCUCCUCUUCCAACUCCUCUCCAGAGACGAAGAAGGACAGGAGGACCGGGGCAAAGACAGACUGUGCUUUGAACCGCAUCCAGAAUCUGAACCCCAGUGACGAAGAGUUGAGUUGGACCACCCUGUCCCAGGAGAGCAACUCCCCAGAAGAGACAGAUAUCUGGAGUGAGCAGUCUUUCCAGACAGACCCCAACCUGCCUCCAGGAUGGAAGAAGAUCACAGACAUGGCCGGUAUCUACUACUGGCACAUUCCUACAGGCACCACCCAGUGGGAGAGGCCGACCACACACCCCGCACCCCCCGGACAGACGGAGCCCCUGGAACUGGGCGACCACACCGUCUCCACACCACGGAAACACUCCCUGGGCUCACUCAGCCCCUCACCCACUCCUGACCUCGAGUCGAGCCAGGCGGAGAUCUUCUUCAGGGGGUCGACUCGCUCCAGCAGCACCACCUCUGACAGCUCCGUGGAGCCUCUCUCCACUCUAGAGCCCACCGUCACCACAUGUGGAUUUGUCAACAGCUGCUACUUUCCUCGUUCCUCCUCUCUACAGGGGAUGCCUGAUCCAGAGCUGCGCUCUCAGCAUCUCGAAGAUGAAGACAAGAAACCGGUGUGCAGUGAAUUUGGCGGAAAGAUUGAUAGUGAAAUGUGGAAGGACCUGCAGGCAGCCACGCUGAACUCUGACCCCAGCCUGAAGGAGUUUGAGGGUGCUACGCUUCGCUACGCAUCACUAAAGCUAAGGAACCGUCCAUCAGAGGAAGAGGAGGAGUCCUGCAGGGUCAACAGGAUCAACUCAGAAACAAAGUGCUUUGCAGUGCGAUCUCUGGGAUGGGUGGAAAUGGCCGAGGAGGACUUGGCACCUGGAAAGAGCAGCGUUGCCGUUAACAACUGCAUCAGACAGCUGUCCUACAGCAAGAAUGACAUCCGAGACACCGUCGGCAUCUGGGGAGAGGGGAAGGACAUGUUCCUGCUGCUGGAGAACAAUAUGUUGAACCUGGUCGACCCCAUGGACCGCAGUGUGCUUCACUCUCAGCCAAUCGCGAGUAUCCGGGUCUGGGGCGUUGGCCGAGACAAUGGCAGGGACUUUGCAUAUGUGGCGCGGGAUAAAAACACCAGGGUCCUGAAAUGUCAUGUGUUCCGCUGUGACACGCCAGCCAAAGCCAUCGCCACCAGCCUGCAUGAGAUCUGCUCCCGGAUAAUGACAGAGCGAAAGAAUGCCAAAGCGAUGGCAGGCUCUCUCCACGACAGGAUGCAGGCAGGACUAGAUCUCCCGCUACAAGCAGAGUUCCCCACCCCAAAGACGGAGCUGGUUCAGAAGUUCCAGGUGCUCUACCUGGGGAUGGUGCCUGUGACCCGGCCAAUAGGCUCUGCUGCAGGCAUGGACAUACUGAACGGAGCUAUAGACAGCCUGAUGGGAUCUUCAAACCGAGAGGACUGGACCCCGGUGGACCUCAAUGUAGCAGAUGCUACUGUCACCAUCAGCAAAGAGAAGGACGAAGGAGAAGUGCUGGUGGAGUGUCGUGUUCGUUUCCUCUCUUUCAUGGGCGUGGGGCGAAACGUGCACACGUUUGCCUUCAUCAUGGACGCUGGCAGCCAUCGUUUCGACUGUCACAUCUUCUGGUGUGAACCCAACGCUGGACACGUGUCAGAGGCCGUACAGGCCGCUUGUAUGCUGCGGUAUCAGAAGUGUUUGGUGGCCCGCCCCCCCUCCCAGAGGGCAUGCAGCUCGUCGCCCCCCGGAGACUCGGUGUCCCGCCGGGUCUCGACUAGCGUGAAGAGAGGCAUGCUGUCUCUCAUCGACACCCUCAAACAAAAGAGACCCGUCACAGAGUUGCCGCAGUAACCAACUGUUAAGCGCUACCGACUCCCUACCACAACCCCAAGUCACCAUGGUAACUAGUCGCAUUGCUGCCAAAUACUUGUCGCCACCACAGACCCCUGUAACCAUGGAAACCCAGUAAACCCAAGGGUUUGGGGAAGCCCUGUCACAAUUCCUUCACUUCUUCUGAAACAGGAAUUUCACCUCAAGAGUUUUUCAAGCUCUUGUGAAGAAAUUCAAAUCUGUUUGCUCAUAAAAAAGGAGAUGAACAAAGACUUAUCGAGAAGAAACAAACCACAGAGAAACACCCGAGUGGAGAUCUUUGGUGGUGAUUGUGUACAUAGGAGUAACUCUCAUCCCCCCCCACAGAGGAGCGAGGAGAAACAAAAACUGAAGAAGUAGGAAGAGCUCCUUCCAGCGCGUGUGAUGCUGCAAACUGCUGACCUCUCCAUGCUCAACUGUAUCCGUGUCUGUGCAGCCAGCAUGACCCCCCUCCCAUCAUGCACCUGGUUGUCCUGUUAGUCUGUAGUGGCGUGUCCCCCUCUGUCCCUCUUCCUCAUUGUCCUCAGUAGACUGAAAUGGAAAGAGAAUCCUGAAAGCCAUCGCGUCUGUAGUCAAAUGAAAGAAGCAAGUACAGACUAAAGAGAAAUGUCAGUCUACACACUCAUACCUGUUCAACUAACCUGCAUGAACUUUGAAUAGAAACAAUAUCAAUACACUGCUGCUGCUUACAGAAGGGGUGAUCGAAUCCGAAGCCACUUCCUGUCUUCUUCCUUUGUUCCUCAUAGACAAGAUGUGCAAGAAUCGGCCUGGAGGGUCUAAAACGAGCGGUGGCCUUUCACCCGAAACAUCCUUCCUGUUUACCUGUUUUUAUUAUUUCGUUAUCCCUUGGAAAACAACAGACGACAGCCAUAAUGAAGGAAGAGACAGGGACACGCUAAGUGUUACUCUCUGCUGCUCCAAACACAGGAAGUAUCGGCAUGCUGCUGCUGCUCAUAGGAACACAUGCUGGAGGAAAUUUGACAGAAUAUUUCUCUAAAUCCCACCUCAGUUCCAGUCCUCAGAGACUUCCUGUCCACUAAUAAAAAAAGAAAAAAAAAAGGGUGUUGGCAACACAAGAAAGGCUUAAUCCUAAAAAGAUGAUGACUGGUGGAAUGUGUUUUCUACCUGGGUCUGGUGCCAGCUGAGAGGCGGGUUUCAUCUCCAGCUGUUUUUGGAGAGGAAAGUCAACCGAGAGACAUGUGGACUCGGACUAACAGGAUCUCCUGGCCUGCCAUCUGUCUGUCUCCAGGGUUACGCUCACUUGAAUGCGCCUGCUCUGUUUUCUCAAGAUCACUUGCUUUUGGUUUGUAUUCUGACAUUUUCCCACACAAAUCUCAAUUCAACACUGCUAGCUCCUUAUUAGCACGUAUCUGAUUAGCUUGGAUGUAAGGUAAUAAGUCUGGACGUUUAUUGCAAAUAAAAAACACAUUAAGCUGUAGAUUAGAGUAUUAAAGCAGUGAGUGCCAUCCUUUUUCCAAUUGAUUCCUAUGAUGAGGGAAAUUGUACAAAAACACCACUCGUUAAAAAUCUCUGAAAAUGUGUUGUCAAGAUAAUGCUGUCAUAGAAACAACACCUAUACACAGUGGUUGUCAUUGUUUCCCAGUGCCCCACUGAUGGUUUUUGUAAGAGAAAGAAACUGUGGACACAUCUUAUUACUGAACUUCUAUAAUUGACCAUCUGCCAAACCCCUCCUUUUUUUGUAAACAGCAUCAUGUGAGGAAGUGAAUCUUGACAGGUGGCAACAGUAUCUAAAGGGGACAUCUGUAAAGUGUCUUGUCGUCUCCUUUUCUUGCACCAGGUUUUAAAACUCCACGGUUAACCUACAUGUGUUGAAGGAAGCAGGAGUGUACUUGAGAUUGUGAGGAGAAAACACAGCCACUUCAACUUUAUUUUGUCACAAGGAUGUUGAAAUGUGAAUGAGAUGACAAAAUGAGCGUGUACAUAAUAUCAGUAACAUUCGGCAUUAAUCAUUGUGAUAAGCUAUCUUUUUUUUCUUUUAAAUAUCUGUAGUUUUCUAUUUUCUUUUAAUGAAAUGCCUUUUUUUGAGAGCUCACCAAAUGGCCAAAGUGUAAAAUACUGAUAUACAUUGUUGUAGAUAAGAAAAUUACGAGAGCUAAUAAUGAAACGAGGAGAGGCCAUUGGACAUUUUCACAGUUGUCAAUUACGUUGAUACUGAAUUUAACUGAGCAAUUAUCUAUGCAUUCUUUUGAUCUUCUCGAGAAAUGGAAAGUUGUGAAAAGCCUUGCAUGCCCUUCGACGGUUGAAAGAACGACUGUAUGUACUGAACAGAAAUAUUUUUUAUUUUAUUUAUUCUAUUUUAUAAAGGUAUAUACUGAUUUUAUUAGUUGGGGCGAGUAAAGUCUCUUGACUCGGUGUCAUUGUCUCAGUCCCUGGUUAAAUCACAAUGCAACAAACAAGCUUCGCAGAAAAAUAAAUAUAUCUUCACCUUGUAUAGCGCACUGAGAGCUGGGAGUGAUGGUGAUGAUGGUAGUAAUGAUGGUAGUAACGUGUGCACUCCCAGUGUCUCCGUCAGGCUCACACACACAUGAACAACACACACACACCUUUCCCUCAGAUGGAUGUGUUGCUUCCUUUGCUGCUCACUGAUUUGUACACUUUAUCGAUGUAAUCAAUUGUGAGAAUAAACAGCAUUAUAAAACAGAA